AUGGUGCUGUUCGCGGGCCAGGCCACGCCCAGCAGCCCCAUCCGGGUCAAGGUUGACCCCGCCCACGACGCCAGCAAGGUCAAGGCCGAGGGGCCGGGCCUGAGCCGCUCCGGGCUGGAGCUGGGCCAGCCCACGCAUUUCACCGUGAGCACCAAGGGCGCCGGCCGGGCCGCGCUGGACGUGCAGGUGACGGCGCCGGGCAAGGGCGAGGCCGUGCGGGACCUGCAGGUGACCGACAACCACGACGGGACACACACGGUCACCUACACACCUGUGCAGCAGGGCACUCUGGGGGUCUCGGUCACCUACGGGGGAGACCCCAUCCCCAAGAGCCCCUUCAGCGUCGGCGUCAGCCCCGGCGUGGACCUGGGCAAGAUCAAAAUCUCCGGCCUGGAUGACAAGCUGGAGGUGGGCAAGGCGCACGAGUUCACGGUCAAGGCCAAGGGCGCGGGCGGGCAGGGCCAGGUGAGCGCCCGCGUGCUGGGCCCGGCGCGGAAGGCGCUGCCGUGCUCGGUGGAGCCGGCGGCCGCGGCCGAGAGCAGCGCCGUGCGCUUCGUGCCGCGCGAGGAGGGGCCCCACAGCGUCGAGGUCACCUACGACGGCGUCCCCGUGCCCGGCAGCCCCUUCCCCGUCGAGGUGGUGCCGGCCACGGAUCCCUCCAAGGUCCGCGCCUUCGGCCCCGGUCUCCAGGGAGGCCUGGCGGGGGUUCCGGCCCCGUUCACCAUCGACACCAAAGGCGCCGGCACGGGCGGUUUGGGGCUGACCGUGGAGGGGCCCUGCGAGGCCAAAAUCGAGUGCCAGGACAACGGUGAUGGCACCUGCAACGUGUCCUACCUGCCCACGGAGCCCGGCGACUACAACAUCAACAUCCUCUUCGCCGGCGCCCACAUCCCCGGCUCGCCCUUCCGCGCGCCGAUCCGGCCCAAGUUCGACCCUUCCAAGGUCACCUGCGAAGGGCCGGGCUUGGAGAAGGCCACGGCCGGGCAGCCGGGGCGCUUCCGCGUGGAUUGCAGCCGGGCGGGCACGGCCGAGCUCACCAUCGGCAUCGCCUCCGAGGCCGGGGCGCGCGCCGACGUCAGGGUGGAGGAGAACGGCGACGGCAUCUACACCAUCGCGUACACGCCGCGCAGCGCCGGCGUGCACACCGUCACCGUGGAGUACGGCGGGCAGCCCGUGCCGCACUUCCCCAGCACCGUGCGCGUGGAGCCGGCGCCCGCCGCCGUGGAUACGAGCGGCAUCAAGGUGUACGGGCCCGGCGUGGAGGGGAAGGGUGAGUUUGGG